CGACUCUAGAUAACCACCUCAACCAGCAGGCAAAGAGACCCUGAUUGCUCUGGUUGGAAAGACUGUUCCUUGGAAAAGCUUGACAGCACUCCAAAACCCAAACAUGACCGAACAAAAUAAAGAGGUCCGGAUUGUUCUGGUUGGAAAGAUUGGAUCUGGGAAGAGCGCAACAGGAAACGCCAUCCUGGGGAGAAAAGCGUUUGAAUCCAAAAUGUCCGCUAUUUCUGUGACAUCCUCAAGUAAAAAGAAAAGAGGAAUGGUGGGAGGGCAACAUGUAGCUGUCAUCGACACACCUGGCUUGUUUGACACUAAGUUAACACAGGAGGAGGCACUGAAAGAGAUCUCACAGUGCCUGCUUUUCUCUGCUCCUGGUCCCCAUGUGUUCCUGGUUGUGCUCAAGCUGGGAGGAUUCACUGAAGAGCAGCAGAACAUUUUGAAGAUGAUCCAGAAACUAUUUGGUGAUGAAGCAUCCAAAUACACCAUGCUUGUCUUCACACAUGGAGACCUUCUUGAUGAUGUAACAAUUGAAGACUUCCUGCAUGGAAAUCCCAAACUGGAAAGUUUCAUUGCCGAAUGUAAUGGGGGAUAUCAUGUCUUCAAAAACAAAGAUCAGAAUCCCUCCCAGGUCACUGAGCUGCUUGAGAAGAUAGACAAGAUGGUGAAGAUGAAUGGAGGAAGCCACUACACCACUGAGAUGUUCCAGGAGGCUGAGAGAGUGAUUGAAGAGGAGAAGAACAGGAUCCUGAGAGAGAAUGAAGAGAAGAUACGUGGAGAGAGGGUAGAACUGAAGGCAAAGUUUGAAGGAGUGUGUCUAAGAGAAGAAGUAGAGAAGCAGGGGAUAAAACAGGAAAGAGAAGCUAGAAAGAAUGCUGAGAAAUUUAACAACAUGAGAACAGGUGCUGGAAUCGGAGUGGCUUUGGGAACAUUUGGAGGCCCAGUUGGUAUGUCAGUUGGUGCAGCACUGGGAGUUGCAGUGGGAGCUGGAGUAAAUUUAUGCAAUACUCAAUGAGAGUCCGUAGCUAACAGUGCUGUACCUUCUAAAAGUUGUUUGAUUUCAUUACUUGAUAUUUAAUGCUUCCUCUAUAUACAGUUGAAGUCAGAAGUUUACAUACACCUUAGCCAAAUACAUUUAAAUUCAGAUUUUCACAACUCCUGACAUUUAAUCCUAGUAACAAUUCCCUGUUUUAGGUCAGUUAGGAUCACCACUUUAUUUUAUGAAUGUGAAAUGUCAGAUUAAUAGUAGAGAGAAUCAUUUAUUUCAGCUUUUAUUCCUUUCAUCACAUUCCCAGUGGGUCAGAAGUUUACAUACA